AUGGGUUUAGUGAAACAGAAAACGUAUGUUGAAUUCCCUCAAGAAUGGAAUGCAGUUUUAAGGGAUUCUCGAUCAAAACCAAGCCUUUUUAAAGUUAUUUCUUGUGAAGAUCAAUCCAUUUUCAAGAGUUGGACAAAAUUUCUAGCAGAUAUCUAUAUGACCAAGUGUCUUUUUUCUACAAGACUGGUCAGAGAAUUAACUGUAACUAAAAAUCACCCUCCUAUGAUGAUACAUAGGGACAGUUAUAAUGGUCGAGAAAUUGAAAAUGUUGUCAUAAAACAAAAAAGAAAGAGACUUUCGUUACCUGAAAAGUAUUUCCUGCUUCCAACUUUAGCUUAUGAUGGGCCAAUAGCUAUACCUAAAGCCAAAUUUGAAGACCUACAGCAUCUAAAAAGAUUCUGUUCUCAAAAAGCACAGGCUUUUUUUACAGCAAUACCACAUUGUUAA